AUGGCUUGCUUUAUAUCCGUCAUGAACGCACCGGAUCUCAAGGAGCGUCUCCAAGCCCAGGACAAGACCCUUACUUUUGCCAUGGUUGAAUCAAAUCUGAUCAUGGAUGUCUUUCAGCUGCUUACAGCUGCAACCAAGGCCGCUGUAGACAACGAGGCAGGAAAGCUAAGCACCCAGUCCUUGAACUCUGAAAUCAUUUACAACCUCUCACCGACCAAAAACAUUGCAGAGUCGUUGAAGCGCUUUGGUAUCACAGAAGACACCAAAUCGUUGAUUGCGGUCAGGAUUGGUGGCAACCCAGACGAGGUUUUGGCUGACAUGUCCAAGACCGUGGACGGAAUCCUAGUCUCGUUCUCAAAGCUGGAUCAGGAAAAGGACAUGGCAAAGCUUCGGCAGUACUACAAAAUCGACCCCAAGAUGACAGAGGACAAGGCCAUUUUGAACUGGAUCAUCGGAGCCAUGGCUAUGAAGAAUAUUCAAUAA